AUGCUAGGACGCCUGUUUGAGAAGGAUUCAUCCCGGGCCUGUGACGUGAACAAGGCAACCGAGCAAGAUUCGAGUGAGAUCCGACAGAGCGGGAACAACCUCCCGAAAAUGAAUGCCACGUCUUCCACCAAGGGCGACGCCAAGUCGAACGACACCAGAGCUUUUCGAGACUCACCUGUGCUCUAUCGCUCUGCUCUCCAGUUGUGCGCAUCUCACGCGAUUGGUCAGGGCGACCUUGAAGCCACCCUCAUCAUCGACUCGCUGGACCUCAAAUGUGGCAGCGCCAGUCCUCGACCUUCCAACCUGCUCGUAGCUAUUGCCAUAAUGUUUGCCCUGAGCUGGGCCAUGCUUGAAUAUGCCCGGCUCGUAUUGAUGUUGAUCACCUAUCCCGAAGCGGUCCGAUCCUGCUACGAGCAGUGUUGCUCAGUGACACACAUCAAAGAGAGGCCAGCGCUCUGCUAUGAUGAUCAGGCACGCAACGCGGAACAAGCCGAUCACCAUUCAUACCACUUGGUGCCGAACGACUCUAUCUCGACUAACAUUCCCGUCACCCCUCCGCAGCUUUCUGAUGAUCUCGAUCGAGUCAAGCUCGAGUCAGUGCACGAAGGCAUCACCACGGCGCCAUCCAUCUGCGUUUGCACAGAGGAGGACUACCUCGUAGCUAUGGAGGACGAUGUGCGAAAGCCGAGCUGCAUCGCCACCCACGAAUUGGACCAGGCUCAGCAGCACACAGCGGCUGGAACUGAGUCGCGAAAGAGGUUCCCGACUACGCCGGUCGGCGACAUACAGCCGUUGGUUGAGAGAAGUGGAGACGAAGUGGGAAAAGCUGAGAUGGAGCAUCAUUUCAAGAAUGACCUUCCCCUCGCAGCUGAUAGGACCACCAUGGACGUCCUCUGA